CAGGUCGGAGUCGCGGUGCCCGGAAGACCCGGCUCCGGGGCGCAGACCUCGCCCGGGCUGGCUGCGUGCCGGGCCUUCGGGCUUCCACUCAGUCUUUGACCCUGUGUCCCCACGCGGCCCCCCCGCGGCCCGCACCGCCGUAACCGCUGCCCGGGCUGCUUCCUGCUCCGUUUCGAGCGCGGCCGGCAAAGAGCGCGGCGCGGCGGGGCCGGCGGCAUGGCUGUGUCCUGGAGGAGCUGGCUCGCCAACGAAGGGGUUAAACACCUCUGCCUGCUCAUUUGGCUUUCCCUGAAUGUCCUGCUUUUCUGGAAAACCUUCUUGCUGUAUAACCAAGGGCCAGAGUAUCAUUACCUCCACCAGAUGUUGGGGCUAGGAUUGUGUCUAAGCAGAGCCUCUGCAUCUGUUCUUAACCUCAACUGCAGUCUUAUCCUUUUACCCAUGUGUCGAACACUCCUGGCUUACCUGCGAGGAUCCCAGAAGGUUCCAAGCAGGAGAACCAGAAGAUUGUUGGAUAAAAGCAGAACAUUCCAUAUAACCUGUGGUGUUACUAUCUGUAUUUUCUCAGGUGUGCACGUGGCUGCCCAUCUGGUGAACGCCCUCAACUUCUCAGUGAAUUACAGUGAGGAUUUCGUUGAACUGAAUGCAGCGAGAUACCGAGAUGAGGAUCCUAGAAAACUUCUCUUCAUGACUGUUCCAGGCCUAACAGGGGUCUGCAUGGUAGUGGUGCUAUUCCUCAUGAUUACAGCCUCUACAUAUGCAAUAAGAGUUUCUAAUUAUGAUAUCUUCUGGUAUACUCAUAAUCUCUUCUUUGUCUUCUAUAUGCUGCUGAUGUUGCAUGUUUCAGGAGGGCUGCUGAAGUAUCAAACUAAUUUAGAUACCCACCCUCCUGGCUGUAUCAAUCUUAACCGAAUCUGCUCUCAGAAUAGUUCCUUACCAGAAUAUCUCUCAGAACGUAUUCAUGAAUCUUCCCCUGGAGGAUUUGCAAAAUCAGAAGUGCUUACCCAGAACACAUUUGUGAAGAUUUGUGUGGAAGAGCCCAGGUUCCAGGCUAAUUUUCCACAGACUUGGCUUUGGAUUUCUGGGCCUUUGUGCCUAUACUGUGCUGAAAGACUUUACAGAUGUUUCCGGAGCAAUAAGCCAGUCACAAUCAUAUCAGUCAUAAGUCAUCCCUCAGACGUCAUAGAAAUCCGAAUGAUCAAAGAAAAUUUUAAAGCAAGACCUGGCCAGUAUAUUAUUCUACAUUGUCCCAGAGUGUCUGCAUUAGAAAACCAUCCAUUUACCCUCACAAUGUGUCCUACUGAAACCAAAGCAACAUUUGGGGUUCAUCUUAAAGUAGUAGGAGACUGGACAGAACGAUUUAGAGAUUUGCUACUGCCUCCAUCUAGUCAAGACUCUGAGAUUCUGCCCUUCAUUCAAUCUAGAAGUUAUCCCAAGUUGUACAUCGAUGGCCCAUUUGGAAGUCCAUUUGAGGAAUCACUAAACUAUGAGGUUAGCCUCUGCGUGGCUGGAGGCAUUGGAGUAACCCCAUUUGCAUCAAUACUCAACACCCUGCUGUACUUUCCUUGGCUGUGCAAAAACUUUGAGACAGAAAAAAUUUUAGUAAAUCUAUUCAUGUUUAUGUCCUCUCAGUUUUGGCAUGAGAACAGACCUGACUACGUCAACAUCCAGCUGUACCUCAGUCAAACAGAUGGGAUACAGAAGAUAAUUGGAGAAAAAUACCAUGCACUGAAUUCAAGACUUUAUAUUGGACGUCCUCGGUGGAAACUUCUGUUUGAUGAAAUAGCAAAAUGUAACAGAGGGAAAACAGUUGGUGUUUUCUGUUGUGGACCCAAUUCAAUUUCCAAGACUCUUCAUAAACUGAGUAACCAAAACAACUCAUAUGGGACAAGAUUUGAAUACAAUAAAGAAUCUUUCAGCUGAAAACCUUUCCCAUGAACCAGGAGUCUAAAAAAGGAAUGAGUGCAAUUUCUAAGACUUUGAAACUCAGCUGAAUCAAACAGCUGUGGUGUGUCAAAAAGUACCAAGGUUGUCAUAUUUAUGAUUAUUUAAAAUGGAAAUACAGACAAUGUGGCAAGAUGACAGGUCAUAUUACAUGUUUAAUCUGGAAACCAAAGAGGCCCUGGAGAAUAUUUAAUGUGAUGAUUCACUUUUCAUUUCUCAAAUUAAAAGAAAAUUAUUAGAUGCACACUGUUGAUUUUUAUGGCAGAUUUAAGAACUCCCUAGUGAGGAGCUGAGCUUGCUCACCCUGAGGCUGAUAGCCAUGGUCCUCUUUAAAUUGUUUUUGAUUGAACAAAGAUGCAAGAUUGAACAAAAUUAAAAAUUCAUUGAAACUCA